CUGGCACUUCCCCUUUCUACACAGUGAGGCUGAGGCGCUGGGGCCACACUCGUUGUCUCUGGAGAGCCCGAAGCAAGGAUGGAUCAAGAGACUGUGGGCAAUGUUGUGCUCUUGGUCAUCGUCACCCUCAUCAGCGUGGUCCAGAACGCAUUCUUCGCCCACAAGGUGGAGCAUGAAAGCAAGACGCAGAAUGGGAGAAGCUUCCAGAGGACCGGGACUCUUGCCUUUGAGCGGGUCUACACUGCCAACCAGAACUGCGUCGAUGCAUACCCCACUUUCCUUGUGGUACUCUGGACUGCCGGACUACUUUGCAGCCAAGUUCCUGCUGCCUUCGCGGGACUGAUGUAUUUGCUUGUGAGGCAAAAGUACUUCGUGGGCUAUCUGGGAGAGAGAACUCAGAGCACCCCUGGCUACAUAUUCGGCAAGCGGAUCAUCCUGUUUCUGUUCCUCAUGUCCCUUGCCGGAGUACUCAACCAUUACCUCAUCUUCUUCUUCGGAAGCGACUUCGAGAACUACAUAAGAACUGUAACCACAACCAUCUCGCCUCUGCUUCUCAUCCCCUGAUUGCUGGAUGCAGAGUGGGGCAAUCACCUGAUCAAUAGAGAGGCAUUAUAACUCAGCCCUGUGACGGUCUCUGCUCCUCCUCAGCUGGAAAUGCUGUAAAUCCAGCGGCCCUUUGGGUCCCACAGCAUCAGUUAACCUUGCUUUUCCAGGAAGAAAAUAAUUUUGUGUCAGCUCCACCCCUUGAGCGUGGCAGUGGCCCAGGAUUUAUCGUCUCACUCCAUCCUACACUUCUCCUGGCUUAUCUUGCUCUCUGAAGGUAUCUUGUGACCAGACAUGUGUUUUCCUAAAAUAAAAUAAAGACAUAGACAAAUUUUUGGCUGA